UCCAUUCUGGUGGCUGCGGGAGCGGGGGAGAAAAGGACAGGCAAGCUGGCAGAGCGGGCCGUUAUGACUGGAACUAUCCGAGUGGCGGACGGAGACCUGUAACUCUCCACCUCACUGGCCACGACACCGCAGCGGCCCGGCUCGCUUCACCCCUCCGCCUCCCGGCCGCGGUGAACGGGUUGAGGGAGGCUUGGCGCCCCUCCGCUGGGCAGUGGUAGGAGGCCGCGGCGGCUGCGCGUUGAGUAGUUUCCUGCUGAACGGAGCUAGCCUGCUUCUCUUUUGCGGGACGAGAUCGGUGUAGCCAGUCAGUGUCUGCUGUUCCAGGAGGACUGGUCCGCGACUCGGUGAGGGAAGGAACCGGCACCGGGGAAGGGAGCGGGACUCCGCACUUCCAGGAUGUAGUUCUGGCUGGCCUUUUCAAAGUACAGGAAUAAUGCUGAAAGGAAUGAGAAGAUUUAUCUCUAAGGUCCAUAAGUUGUACCCUGGACAUGUUUUGCACAUGGGGACCCAGGCACCCCAAAGCCUUGCUGCUCACCUGGAUAGCCAGGUUUCAGUUCAGAGUCCCAGAGCUAUUUCCCGCACCAGUGAAAAUGACCCGGCCAAGCAUGAAGAGCAGCAUGAGGGCCAGCACUACAGCCUUCCCCUCCAGGACAUGAAGACUAUAUUCCCCCACGGCCUGCCUCCUCGAUUUGUAAUGCAGAUGAAGACAUUCAAUGAAGCUUGCCUGAUGGUCAGGAAACCAGCCCUAGAGCUUUUGCAUCACCUGAAAAACACCAAUUUUGAUCACCCAGCUGUACGAUACGUUCUCUAUGGGGAGAAGGGAACAGGAAAAACCCUUAGUCUUUGCCAUAUUAUUCAUUUCUGUGCAAAACAAGACUGGCUGAUACUGCAUAUUCCAGAUGGUCAUCUUUGGGUGAAGAACUGUCAGGAUCUUUUGCAGUCCACCUACAACAAACAACGCUUUGAUCAACCUUUAGAGGCUUCAGUCUGGCUGAAGAAUUUCAAAACUGCAAAUGAACGUUUCUUGAGUCAGAUAAAAAUUCAAGAGAAGUAUGUCUGGAAUAAACGAGAAAGCGUUGAGAAAGGCAGCCUUCUGGGAGAAGUAGUCGAGCAGGGCAUAACGCGGGUGCGGAACGCCACAGAUGCCGUUGGGAUUGUGCUCAAAGAGCUAAAGAGGCAAAGCUCUUUGGGCAUCUUUCACCUCCUGGUGGCAGUGGAUGGAGUCAAUGCUCUCUGGGGAAGGACCACACUGAAAAGAGAAGAUAAAAGCCCAAUCGCUCCAGAGGAACUAGCGCUUAUUUACAACUUGAGGAAAAUGGUGAAAAAUGAUUGGCGUGGAGGUGCCAUCGUGCUGACUCUGAGCCAGACUGGGUCCCUUUUUAAGCCCCGGAGAGCCUGUCUGCCCCAGGAGCUGCUAGGAAAGGAAGGAUUUGAUGCCCUUGACCCUUUUAUUCCUAUCCUGGUUUCCAACUAUAAUCCAAAAGAAUUUGAAAGUUGUAUUCAGUAUUAUUUGGAAAACAGUUGGCUCCAACAUGAGAAAGCUCACACAGAAGAAGGGAAAAAGGAACUGCUGUUCUUAAGUAAUGCGAAUCCCGGGCAGCUGGAGCGGCUCUGUGCCUACCUCUAAGCCGAAGUCACAACAUAGGUGGAAGAGCAGGGGAAUUCCCUUUAAGAGACCCGUCAGACAGGAAGUCCCACAGCACACACAAGGAGCUCACGGGGCUGGACAGGACUGCAGUUGGCUCCCACCCCUCGCUGGAAUCAUUUCCUUCUAACGUGACUAUAAUGGGAAUGAGACAUCCUCUUGUUCCUGAAAUUAAUGUCAGUUUAUUGUAUGUGGUUUUCACAUUUUCAUUAACCAUGAAUCUUUUCCCUAUAAUUAAAUUAAGUUUCUUUCUUAAA